AUGCCUCGCCACUCAAAGAACAAUACAGCAUCCAGUGUAUUCACAUACCAUGAAUCUCAUACCCUUGACUAUGGUACCAAAAGACAACGUCUAGGAAGAGACUCUUUCAGAAACUACGAUGCUUGCUUCCUAUGCCUUCAAACAGCCAGGGAUCCAGUAUGUUGUGGUGAGGGUCAUUUAGCUUGUCGCGAAUGCAUGUAUGAAAACAUCUUGCAACAAAAGCAAGCCAUCAAGCACGAACAAAAGAUGAUUGACCUCAAGAACCAAGAAUCAGAGCAACAAAAGCAAUUGGAGGAACUGGAAGCCAAACGUGUCAUAUUGGAUACUUUUGACAAGACACAGCAUAGCAUGUUGGGUGGAGAACGUCGACGUUCUACUAUCAAAGACAGCCUCAAGGAUGAUACAGUAACAGCAGCAAAUGAAAAGAAACGCAGACGAUCUGAUGUAGAUGCUGAUGAAAUAGCAAAGACAGCUGCUCAAUUGAAAAAGGAAAAAGAAGAGGCUGCCAAGCCAAAGAUUGGGUCAUUUUGGGUGCCUUCUGUUACACCUGCUGCUGAUGCCUCUGCUUUGAAAGCGUCUAAAACUCAAGUGAUAUGUACAGCUGUUGACAAGACACAUCCUCUUAGUAUCAAAUCAUUAAUAGAUGUCAAGUUUCAAAAGGAAGAUGGCAACGAUAAAAACAAAAAUGUGUGUCCUGCCUGUCUCAAGACACUGACCAAUGCAUCCAAACUAUCAGUGUUGCGAAACUGUGGACAUGUUCUUUGUCAUCAUUGCAUCGACAUGUUUGUGUCUAAAUCCAAGAAAUGUUAUGUUUGUGAAAACAAGGCAAAGUCAAAGGAUAUCAUUGAUAUGAGUCCUGAAGGUACUGGCUUUGCAAGCGCAAGUACAAAGGCAGUUGCAGAAAAAUUCAAUUUAGCUUUUCAAUAA